AUGCAAACACCAAGUCCUCUUGUUUCAACAAUGAAAGCAUUUAAUCAACAUGAAAUUGAAAAAGGAGAAAUAGUUGGUAGAGAAAAAGAAUAUGAAGAGUUAAAGACAUGUAUUCGACAAUAUGAAUUAUUUCCACAUUUUGGAUUAAUAUUAAUUCAUGGUGGAUCUGGAGUUGGUAAAACAACAGUUGUUAAAGAAGUAUUAAAAGACAAUGAAUUUUUAAAUGAAUUAAGAGUAAAAAGAAGAACAGUAUUUAUAAAUGUAUUAUUAUGUACAAAUAAAAAAUGUUUUAUUAGAUCAUUAUCAGAACAAUUGUUUGGUGAAGAAAAAACAUUUAAAGAAAUUGCAUCAGAAUUAAAUAAUGAAACAAUUCCAUCUAUUCUUGUAUUUGAUGAAAUUGAUAAUUUAAAAAAUAAAUGUAAUGAUAUGUAUCAAUGGUUAUUACAAGCAUUAUUUGGAAUUAAAAUUGCAUAUAGAUGUGUAGUUAUUGGUUUAGCAAAUGAAACACAAGACUAUUAUUCAAUGGCAAAUGACUUUGCACGUUCACCAUAUACUGCUCAAUUGUUAUAUACAACAAAUAGUCUUGAACAAAUUUGUGAAAUUAUUAGAACUAAAACAAAUAAUACUUUUGAUUCAAAAGCUGUUGAAUAUAUUGCAAAAGAAGUUUAUAGAAAAGAAGGUGAUCUUAGAAAAGUAUAUUCUGCAUGUACAUUAGCUAUUCAUUUAGCUAUUCAAGAUAAUUCACCUGUUGUAAAAAUGAUUCAUGCUAUUAAAGCAAAUGGAAUGAAUAAUGGUGAUACUUCAACAAAAGAUUUUCUUUCAAGAAUGGGAAAAUAUCAAAAAUGUUUAUGUGCAUCGUUAUUCUUUUGUCAAAAUAGAAAUGGAGUAAUUGGAAUAGGUGAAUGGUAUGAAAAAUUUAAACAAUUGAUUGAUUCUAUUAAGAUUAAUCAAAAACAUUUUACUAUUAAAGAAUUUAGAAAUGAAGUAUCAAUUCUUGCAUCUCAAGGUGUUGUACGUAAAGUUUGUAAUUCGUCAUUAACAAAUAUUGCGUAUGAUCAUAUUAGUCAAGUGACACCAACUUAUGAUAAAUUAAUGAUGAUAGCUAUUUUAUCAAAAGAACCUGUAUUAAAACCAAUUAUUGAACAAUUAAAACAAAUGUCAUUAAAUUCAAAUUAA